AUGACGUUCUUGGAAGAACGCGACUUACAAGAUGUGCCGCGUAUCAAAGAUUAUUAUAAAGGAAAGACGAUAUUCAUAACUGGAGGCUCUGGAUUUAUGGGCAAGGCGUUAAUAGAGAAACUCCUUUACUCGUGCACGGAUUUGGAAAGGAUAUACUUGCUCCUCAGGAGCAAGAAGGGAGUGAAUUCCGAAGACAGGCUCGUAGACUUAUAUCAAAAUGCAUGCUUCGACCGCCUCCGAAAGGAAAAGCCUAAUGUUUUUAAGGAAAAAGUUUUCUUCGUUGCUGGCGACAUAUCUGAAAUUGGAUUGGGGCUCUCCGAUGAAGACAGAAUGUUACUUAUUAACAGAACAAAUAUAGUUUUUCACGUGGCUGCGAGUGUUAGAUUCAAUGAUGGGUUCGAGCUCGCAGCGAAGUUGAAUUUGCGAGGAACGAAGGAGAUUGUGGAUUUAGCGAAAGAAAUGCGUCAUCUAGAAAGUUUCGUGCACGUAUCUACGGGCUACUCCAACACAAACCGGGAGACCAUAGAGGAGGUGAUGUACCCCCCCCACGCGGACUGGAGGGAUACUCUCGCUGUCUGCGAGUCCGUAGACCCUCAGGCGUUGAAGGCUCUUACACCAAAGUAUCUAGGUGCUCUACCAAACACUUACGUGUUUAUGAAACAGCUUGCCGAGCAUGUGGUUUACGAGAAUCGUGGAAAAUUGCCUGCUGUUAUCCUGCGACCAUCUAUUGUUGUGUCCGCAAGUAUGGAACCGAUACCAGGAUGGAAUGCGUCAUUAAACGGACCCCUCGGCGUUGUAAUAGCGAAUGCAAAAGGCAUCCUACGUACUGUACUUACUGAUCCAGAUUUAAGAGCCGAUUUUAUACCGGUAGAUGUCGCUAUUAAAAAUUUUGUGGCCGCUGCCUGGAUACGGGGAACUAAAAAGUUAGAAUCAACAGAUGACAUCCCAGUUUACAACGUGUGUGCUGGCUCCCUUAACACAAUAUCAAUGCAAGAGAUGGUCAGCACCGGGAACGCAGUUCUUGAUGUUAUACCAUUCGACGAUACUAUAUGGGCCUCGAAUGACCCUAAAGUUUCGAGCUCGAGAUUGCGAUAUAAUAUUAGUGUUUUAUUUGAGCAUUUGUUGCCAUGCUUACUCAUAGAUUUACUGUUGUACUUAAUGGGACGGAAACCAAUACUAGUCAAAAUACAACGACGAAUUUACAUAGCGCAAAUAGCCCUGCAAUACUUCACAACGCAGCAAUGGACGUUCUGCAAUAACAAUUUCACUAAACUCAGAAGUGUGCUGAAGGAAGAAGACAAAAAAGAAUUCUAUUACGAUAUGGAGAAUAUAGACCAUUGGAGUUACAUGCUAGCGUCAGGUUACGGAGCUAGGAAAUACAUUUUAAACGAAAGGGAUGAGGAUCUGCCGAAAGCGAGAGCGCAUUAUAGAAGGUAA